UUAAAUUGUUCAAUAAUUAAAAUAUGCAUUAUUUUUCUUAGUUUUAAUUUUCAUAAAUCAUCAAAAUUUGAGGGGUUUUUCCUAUAUAAAUUCCCCCAAACCCUAAACCACAACCAUUUCCACUACUCCUCCCCUCAAUGGCGACCAAGAUCAUCUCUCGUCUCCACCCCAAAACCCUAACUCCCUUCUUCUCCCGCUCCCUCUCCACCACCUGUCCCUCUCUCCGCCGCCUCCGCCCCCUCGCCGCCGCCUCCAUCCCCACCCGCCACCUCUUCCUCCCCUCCAUCCGCUCCCUCUCCACCCGCGCCACCACCUCCUCCCACAACGACCCCAACCCCAACACCUCCAACCGUCCCACCAAAGAAGCCAUCGCGCUCGAUGGCUGCGACAUGGAGCACUGGCUCAUCAUGAUGGAGAAGCCCGAAGGCGAACCCAGCAGAGAAGAAAUCAUCGAUGGCUACAUCAAAACACUGGCUCAAGUCCUCGGAAGCGAAGAAGAAGCGAGAAUGAAGAUCUAUUCAGUUUCUACCAAACACUACUUUGCAUUUGGGGCACUUGUUUCUGAAGAACUUUCCUUCAAGAUCAAAGAAUUGCCCAAAGUUACAUGGGUGCUUCCUGAUUCGUAUUUGAAUGUUAGGGAGAAAGAUUAUGGAGGUGAACCAUUUAUCAAUGGACAAGCUGUGCCUUAUGAUCCUAAGUAUCAUGAAGAAUGGGUUAGGAACAAUGCUCAAGCAAAUAAUAGGAACAACCGCAAUGCCAGGCCUCGGAGGGACAAUGCAGGUGGUCCAGGAAACAAUGGAGGUGGAUACCGGCCUAACAACAAUGCCAGCGGUUACCCUCCUCGUGACGGUGGUCAUGGCCGUGGUGGAAGGCCUCAGAAUAACUAUGCUGGCAACAGGGGAGGUGUGCCACCAAACCAGAAUGCAGGGUGGUCAAACAAUGGACCUGCUAGAGACGCGCCGAGCAGGGAUAGGGGAGUAGCAGUUGGUGGUGGUAACACAUAUAAUGGUUGAGGUAUGAUCAGCUGAGAUGGUAGUGUGGCCAAUGUAGAUAAUAAAGAAUUAUGUCAGGGACAUCCUAGAGUUUAUUGAUCUUAUGAAAUUAGUAUUUUUUUAAUCUUGUUAGUUACUACUUUCCUAAUGAACCUGAUGUUAGGUAUCUGAAGUUCACAAAUAUUCUAAGGUUAGAGACCACUUUGGUUGUCAAAAUAUUUAUGCAUUUAUUGUUCUAUUAAAUUAUUUUGGUACAGUUAAUGUUAA